GCAGCAGAAGGCGGCUGCAGGGGCCUUGAGCUUUUACACCUGCGCCCAACACCUUUCCCACUCGCCUCCCCCCACCUCAGGCCUGCUUGACACCCCGAGUUCGUCCUUUCCGAAGCAAUCAUGCCUGUGACAGAGAAUGCCCGGGGUCCCCAGGAAGCUGCUGCCUUCACCCUGGACCAUGUGUCAUCUCCCCAAAGCACCAAGAAAGACUCCAAGUUCUUGAAUGGAAACUCCGCAGAACCAUCCGGGGUGGAGAGGAGCAAAGGAAUAACAGGGUUCCAGACGUUGGUUCACCUGGUAAAAGGCAACAUGGGCACGGGGAUCCUGGGCCUGCCGCUGGCUGUGAAGAAUGCAGGGAUUCUGGUGGGCCCGCUCAGUUUGUUGGUGAUGGGGUUCGUGGCCUGCCACUGUAUGCACAUCCUGGUCACAUGUGCCCGCCAUUUCUGCCACAGGUUUAACAAGCCCUUUAUGGAUUAUGGUGACACUGUGAUGCAUGGACUGGAAGCCAGCCCCAGCCCCUGGCUCCAAAGCCACGCCCACUGGGGGAGGCACGUGGUGAGCUUCUUUCUGGUUGUCACUCAGCUGGGCUUCUGCUGUGUGUACAUUGUGUUUCUGGCUGAUAAUUUAAAGCAGGUGGUGGAGGCUGCCAACAGCACCACCAGUAACUGCCACCACAACGAGACCGUGGUCCUCGCCCCCUCCAUGGACUCGCGGCUCUACAUGCUCUCCUUCCUGCCCUUCCUGGUGCUCCUGGUUUUCAUCCGCCACCUCCGGGCCCUCACCAUCUUCUCCCUGCUGGCCAACGUCAGCAUGCUGGUCAGCCUGUUCAUCAUCGUCCAAUACAUCGCCCAGGGGAUUCCGGACCCCAGGCGGCUGCCUCUAGCAGCCAGCUGGAAAACCUACCCUCUCUUCUUUGGAACGGCCAUUUUUUCCUUUGAAAGCAUCGGUGUGGUUCUUCCUCUAGAAAACAAGAUGGCGGACCCCCGCCACUUCCCAGCCAUCCUGUCCCUGGGACUGUCCAUCGUGACUGCCCUCUACAUGGCCAUCGGGGCUCUGGGCUACCUUCGUUUUGGAGAGGACAUCAAGGCCAGCAUCACCCUUAAUCUGCCCAACUGCUGGCUGUACCAGUCAGUGAAGCUGCUGUACCUCGUGGGCAUCCUGUGCACCUACGCCCUGCAGUUCUACGUCCCCGCCGACGUCAUCAUCCCCGCCGCCCUCUCCCACGUGCCCAAGGGCUGGGCACUGCCGGUGGAUCUGCUCAUCCGCCUCGCCAUGGUCGGCCUGACUUGCGUGCUGGCCGUCCUGGUCCCGCGCCUGGACCUGGUCAUCUCCCUGGUGGGCUCGGUGAGCAGCAGCGCGCUGGCCCUCAUCAUCCCGCCCCUGCUGGAGAUCACCACGUACUGGGCGGAGGGCAUGAACCCCCUGCUGGUCGCCAAGGACGCCCUCAUCAGCAUCCUGGGCCUGGUGGGCUUCGUGGUGGGCACCUACCAGGCCCUGGAUGAGCUGCUGGAGUCGAGAGGAUCUCUCCACUUCCCCAACGCCACCAUGUUCACUCAGUGAGAAGGAGCCGGUCCCCCCUCCGAUCCCACCAGCCUACCAGCGCCAGGCUCACCUGUGUGCUUCUCUGUCAUGCGCAGUGGCUUCUGUGUGGCUGUUUUACUUGUCAUGUUUUCAAAACAAACAAACAAAUGGAAACAAGUGAGGACUUGCCCCUCUCCGAGAU